AUGUUUGAGUGCCCCGACUUCUUCACGCUGAGAGAGGGUGGCGAGCACUACCUCAAGGUCUCCACCAUGCCCUCGCACCGCGACUACAUCAUCUACGGCUCCUACCAGCUCAACACCACCACCAACCAGUACGUCUUCGUCGAGGACCCCACGCGCAGCUUCACCUUCGUCGACUACGGCCCGUUCUACGCCGCCAAGACCUUCUACGACCCCAUCCUCAACCGCCGCACCAUGUGGGGCUGGACCAAGGACGAGCUGAGCAACGAGCAGAUCACCGCCAACGGGUGGUCCGGCGUGCAGAACCUGCUGCGCACCAUGGUCUACGACCGCACCGAGAAGAAGAUCAAGACCCAGCCGGUGCCGGAGACGAGGGGCCUGCGCCUCGACAAGCUCGUCGACCUGAAGGGCGUCGCCGUCACCGAGACCCCGACGGAGAUUAUCGCCAGCAACACCAACAACACGCUCUACCACGAGAUCGUCGCCCGCUUCACGCUCGCCGACCCCACCACCUUCUCCGCCGCCGCCACCUACACCAGCGACAGCGACGUGCCAGAGGUGGGCGUGAUGAUCCGCGCUAACGCGGACCUCAGCCAGUACACCAACGUCUCCGUCCGCAUGCCCGGCGGCGGCCCCAGCGCCUUGCAGAGCACUGAGCAGGUUGAGACCUACCCCCCGAUCAAGGUCUUCGCCGGCUCGUCGGCCGCCAACUGCAGCGCCGAGUGCAACAAGACGCGCCUGUGCGAGUCCUACACCUUCUGGGAGAUGGACAACACCUGCAAGCUGUACUGGAAGACCAACCCCAUGGGCCCCAAAGCCGAUGCCACCAGCGGCACCGUGCGCGAGCCGCUGCUGUACCUCGGCCGCGCCCGGUCCGGAACCAUCGGCAGCACCGCCCCCCUGCACGGCCGCGCGCCCUUCGCCACCGCCACGCCCAACGGCUUCGAGCUCCACAUCUUCGUCGACGACAGCGUGCUGGAGAUCUUCAAGGACGAGGGCCUCGAAACCCUCACCGGCCGCCUCUACAUCGACAACGGCGCCGACACCACCGGCAUCGCGGUCUACGCGCGCAACGCCGGCGCCGUCACCGUCGACGUCGAAGUCUACACCAUGGACACCAUCUGGAAGGCGCCCACGCCCAACGCCGUCAAGAACUUCACAAACUCGCUCUACACGCUACUCGACACCCUCAUCGACGUCUAG